AAACAAAUCUUUAAAAGAAUGUUGCCAACUUUAAAUUAUUCUUUUAUAACUUCAGUUAUUUUAAUUUUCAACCUUUUAAUAUUAUUUAACAAUCCAAUUUAUUCAAUGCGUGCAAGUGGAAGAACAAUUGAGGCAAAAUGAGCCAAGAAAGACAUUAUUGACAUAUGGAGAUGUUGGUUAUGGUCUGCCUAAAUUUGGAAAAAAAAUAGAAACACAAAAAUAUUUUGUUCCAAAAUUUCUAUUCGAGAAUAAUUAUAUGCAACCAUUAUUUAGAAGAAGAUUUACUUAAUGAAUAUUAAAAAUUAUGGAGAAUUAUUUUACUUUUAUCUGAAAGCAAUCAUUAUUUCCAAAAUCUUUUAAAAGUUUAACUGAUUAAAUCUACAUAUAUUUAAUUUAAUAAAAAAAAUGCUUGAAUAUAUUAAAGACUAAUAAGUGACAAGUUCAAAGGAAUUAGUAAAAUCUUUGUUUAAAAAAAUCAUAUCACGUGUGUUUUUGGGUAUACAUUUGUGCUGGGAGAGCAAAGAUUUUUGGCUCUGUACGAGUUACUUUAUAGAUUGUUACUUUAUAGAUUCUCGCUGUUACUUUAUAGAUUCUGAUUUAUUUAUAAGCAGUCUUUCAUUUUUGGCGCCACUGCGA